AUGCCAAAUACCUUUGCUAAGGUCGUUGCGUCUACCGCCGGCAAGUUUGAGGAUGCGGGCAAAAUUCCUGAAUGGAUACGCAAACAUGGCGGUACAUUCUCUAGGAAAGUUGACUCGCAGACAACCCACCUUAUUGUGACAGCAGAAGCGUACAAGAAGAAUGUCGAAGCAGUUCAAACUGCCAAGGAUCUCGGGACAGUUCACAUCGUGGAAUCCGACUGGCUUUAUGACUCGCUUCAGCAAAAAAAGCCUCGUCCCAGAGAUCCCAAAUCAUAUCUCUGGGCAAGGAUUCUAGAAGCAGAGCUGAAGCCACGGAAAAAGCAGAAAGUGGCUGCCACCCCAAAGUCUCCACGCCAACCGCCAAUGAAUAAGAAUACAACUAGCCUUCUUGCGGCUGUACCUGAUCCUUUCGUCCAAGAAAAGGUGACAAAAAGGAAGCCUGUCCGCGCUUCCAAGAAAACCGAUGCUCUAUCAAAAGACAAGAUUUAUAUCGACGAAAGCACAAACCAGGCUUGGGACGCCACGCUGACACGGACAUUGCAAUCCCUGAAACGCGAAAAAUUUCGACUAGCGAUUUUUCAAUCAAACGAGACGCCACCCACCUUCUCGGCCUAUGUCAAGUACAGCCGCAUUGGAACGUCGAAUAUCUCUAUUCUAGCCCCUCCCCAGAGCUGCUUCACCCUCGCCAAGGCAGGCUUCGAGAGCUUCUUCUUGCUUCAGACAGGAGUAGAAUGGCGGGAAAGAAUGAACCUAACACUCCGGUUCCCUAAAAAGGACAACAAAGGGGAUGUCUUGCCAUCCCAUGAAGGAUGGUAUACAUUCGAAGCCGAAAGCAUCAUGACUGCAUACAUGAAGGGGCCUUCCAAGCCCUGCGCUACCCCAGAGGAAACCCAUGCUACUGCUAAUGUCAAUGAUUCAACGAAGUCCGAUGGAUUCACAUUUGUUGACAAGGAAGACUAUAUCGCCGCUGGUCUGGAUAGCGGCAACGAAGGUGAUGUUGAGUCUUUGAAGAGCGUUAGCACUCUGUCUGCGCUUCAGGAUGUGCCAGGUGAACAAAUUGACAAUUACGAUGUUGAAAACAUCAAAAAGGACGCUCUGGCUCUUCUUGAGUCCGUGACAGACGAUGAAGUCGGUUAUGGGCACGGUUUGUCCAAGAAAAGAAAAGCGUUGUCUAUGCUUGAUCCCGCGCCAAGAGCACAGACUGAUGAUGAUGCUGAGUCCUCCAACAGUAGCAUACCGGAUCUAUGCAACUUUCCACCAAGUGAACCAGAUGAUUACAUUGAUGGAGAUGUGGAGUCUUUAAACAGCAGCAGUACGGCCCUGGGUUCUUUCUCAGGUGAAAAAGGCGAGAAUGUCGCUUCGGAUGAGGUGAAUAUUUAUUACGAUUUUGAGGUUGAAAGACUGAAAUGUCCAGCGGAUGAUGAGGAUGAUCAGAGACCUUGA